CAUUUAAUUGAGUAAACUUUUUCUUCACAAUGGAAUCGACCUGAGAAAGUGUAAACAAAAAAAGGGAAACAACUGGUGCGAACUCUCAUACUAUGGGAUAACCUGUACAACGAGCCAAUCACAUCUUGUUAUUUUUCUUCGAGAUUGUGUCAUGGGCGCGUCUAAUUGCAGAUAUUGUGUUUCACCCCAGUGUUGUGUUUUUGAUAUCUGAUAAUUAUCACCUAAUUUGAUCCCUUGAUUCAUGGUUCUUUAGAGAUGAAGGUGUUGCACGUGGUUAUAGUUCUUGUAUCAUGCGUUUUGGCAUCGAGUUCACCGAUCAUCCGAGUAAGAACUAUUAAUGGCCAGAAGAAAUCUUAUUGCUGUUACGGCGUUGUGAGACCCUUCGACAUGAUGGCAAAAGCUAAACAGGGUCUGCGAGCUUUGAAUCAGGUUGGAUUCAGCUUGAAACAGGUUCGCCAAGCGCUGGGCAUCCAGCAAGAAAAACUUGAGGGAAAACUGGAGAAGGCGGAGAAAAAAGCAGAAGACAUUAGUGCAAAGGCGCGAAAAGCACUGAGAGAAACAAUGGAAAUUUUGCAAGAUGCUAUCAAGAAGGCUUCCUCAAGAUUGGGCGAAAUGGCAGACGUUACUAAUGACUUGGGACAGCUCAGAAAAGACCUCGAGGAGACCAAAUCGCACGACAUGAUUAGCAAGAUACGAGAUCUGAUUGCCGAGAAUCCCGUGGGUGACGAGAAAGCCAAAGAUGAUGAAAAAACAAAGAAGGACUCUACGGAAAAUGACCAAGCGAAAAGUAAGAAACAGGAAAAAUCACUAAAACCAAAAGAUGACAUCCCAGCUGGACAUAGCGCAGAUGAAGAUGCCGUGGCUAGAAGUUUGGUGAAGCAAGAAAAAUACGAGAAUGACCAAGUGAAAUUUGCGAAAGAUGCUAUCGACGAAAAAUCACAAGAAAACAAGCGAGCUUUUGAAAAGACCAAAAAUUUCCUGCAUCUAGUUGAAAACGGGCUGCUUGAAUUUCAAAAUGGAUAUUAAAAGGAAGAAACUUGACUGCAGAAAAAGGGCAAACAUUUGCAGCAAACCUAAUGUAAAGUAGAAAUUUGAUUUAACUUGAUUGGGUAGACAGUAUGAAUAGAGGGAGAGAUCUGCAUUUUAAGUAACCGUAAAGCAGUUCAGUAAUUGAGAAAAACGUAGUUUUAAUCGGGAUCGAGACUAGCUAGUUCGUAUACUGUGAUCGUCGUGGCGAGGUUAGUUCUGAAAAGAAGUGUUGUCGGUGGCUGACGUUUCGACGACCUUAGCGGAAGUCAUCUUCAGAGUCAAGUGAAUAGUGUUUGUCAGUCGAUUGUGUUAUAUUAAGUCUGGUCCGUCUGUCCAUCUGGUCUGGCCCUAGUCUGGUCCAACUUUCAACGGGCCAGCGUUAUAACUCUAUCGACUGACAAACACUAUUCACUUGACUCCGAAUAUGACUUCCAGUCAGAAUGUCGAAAUGUCAGUCACCAACGACAGUUCUUCUUCAGAACUACCCUCACCCGGACGAUCACACUAUACAAACUACUGAUACUCCUGGGUUCAAACCAUUUACCAAUCGAGAGACUGUUAUAACGAAGAGUUGACACUCGGCUGAAACUUGACCCAGAGACCUUCAAAAACGUCCCCUUCAAAAGGCUUUACCUUAAAAUCAUGUCAAAUGCUGAAGAUACACACGGCUAUACCGUAUUGACAGAAGCUUUCCAUGAGGAACUGUCAACUUAACACGUGUAAAUAUAGAAAAAGGAAACAAGAAAACUCUGUAUAUACUGUGCAUCGGGUAAAUGUAACCAAUAAAACUAUCUCAAUUCUUGCUCUGAUUUCUAGAGUUACACGGACCUGUACGCUGUCAGCCAAUGGGAACAGAUAUCAUGAUUUUAUGAGUAAUAAAUUACAACAGAACUAGUC